UAAAAUAAUAUUAAUAAAAAUUGAUUAUUAAAUAGUUCUGCAACAUUUUUUUCUAUAUUUGUUAAAUAUGCGCAGUGAAAAAUCUAAAAAUGCCUGAAGCUACAAUUGUAUUUAUGAAUGAGCAGACAAUUAAAACAGAAGCACCAGAAUUUUUAAUCGAAGAAGUUAAACGUGAAAUUGAAAAUGAGGAAACAUGUCUGGAAAGAUUUAUGGAUGCUGAGGUAAAAAUAGAGGACGAUGUCGAACAAGAAAUGGGUGAGACUUCUUUUUAUAAAUGUGACAUAUGUAGUAUGUCGUUUGUUCAACUAGAUGAUUUAAAACGGCACUCGGUAGUUCAUAAUCGUAAGUCAGCAAUCAAAAAUCAUACCAAUGAAAAACCAUUUGUUUGCAAAAUCUGUAAUGAAACAUUUGCUACAAAAUUUAUAUUAGAUCAACACGUUUGUGAUCAUACCGAAGAGCAGCCUAAUGAAUCUGGUAAUCUAAAAAGGAAAUUGCGUGCUCAUACUGCUCAUAAAUGUGAAUUAUGUAAAGAGACUUUUACACAAUCCAGCACUCUGAAAAUACAUAUGCUUAAUCAUAAUGUAGUAUGUGGAAUAUGUAACAAAGUGUUCUAUUCAUCAACUAAAUUAAAACAACAUAUGCGCACUCACGAAAGAGAACUUUUGUUGCACGGAACAAGCAAUGAAAUUCCUUGUGAAGAAAAUACUUUUAAAUGUGAAAUUUGUAAUAAGACAUUUCUUACAAUACAUAAUUUAAAACUUCACAACCUUAUUCAUACUGGUGAACGUCUCCACAAAUGUGAAAUCUGCAAUGAAACAUUCACACAAACUGCUGGUUUAUAUCAGCAUAUGAUGACCCAUACUGGGAUACGUCCGCAUAAGUGUUUAAUAUGCGGUAUGGCUUUCCCAACAUCAAGUAUUUUAAAAGCACACAUGAGUAUCCAUCCUGAUCGUCCUUUUAAAUGCGAAAUAUGCAGUGCAGAAUUUUGUUUAAAAUGUCAUUUAAAACGACAUAUGAUUAGUCAUACCGGAGAGCGUCCACAUACAUGUCAAAUCUGCAAUAAGACAUUCAGACAAUCAGGUGGUUUAAGUGAGCAUAUGUUAAUUCAUACUGGAGAGCGUUCACAUAAGUGUGGAUUUUGCAACAAAAAAUUCAGACAAGCGAGGGGUUUGAAAAUGCAUAUCUUCACCCAUACUAGAGUUAGCUCUCAUCAAUGUGGAAUAUGCGAAAAAACUUUUCCUAGACCCAGUGUUUUGAAAGUACACAUGCGUAUUCAUUCUGGAGUAUGCCCGUAUAUAUGUGAAAUAUGUAACAAGGGCUUCCGGGCACAAUAUUAUUUAAAACGUCAUAAAUGUAGUUAAAAUAUUUACAGAAUCUACUUCAUGAGGGGUAAGCAUGCGCUUUACUCUGUAUUAGUGUUUUCAGCAUAUCACAAAUGGUGUUGGUGUGCUUCAAAU